UCCCUCUCAGCUGAAGUGGCCAGGUUUUCCUCAGCCCCUAUUUCGGGACUCACAGCCUCCAUCGCAGCGCCAUGGCUCCGGCCAGGAAGGGCAGCAGUCGGGCGGCCAAGGCCACCUCGGUACGGAGCCGAAAGCUCGCCUCCUUUCUUAAGGACUUCAACCGUGAAGUGCAAAUCCGAUCCAAGCAAAUUCAGUCAGACAGGCAGAACCUUCUCAAGGGGAUGGAGAACUUGUACAACAUCGAGAUCCUGUGGCUCCCCAAGGCGCUGCGCGAGAUGAACUGGCUCAACUACUUCGCCCUUGGAGGAAACAAGCAGGCCCUGGAAGAAGUAGCAACAGCUGAACUGGAUAUCACAGAAAUAAACAAACUAACAGCAGAAGCUGUUCAGACACCCCUCAAAUCUGCCAAAACACGAAAGGUAAUACAAGUGGAUGACAUGAUAAUGGAAGAAGAAGAGGAAGAAAAUAAGAAUCCUCAAACUGCAAGGGUUAAAAGAUGUCCUCCAUCCAAGAAGAGAACCCAGUCCAUACAAGGAAAAGGCAAAAGUAAAAGGUCAAGCCAUUAUGCCACCAUUACCCCAGCUGUGGGCCGACUGGAGUUGUCUAUGUUGAAACCAACUCCAGGCCUGACACCCAGGUUUGACUCAAGGGUCUUCAAGACCCUAGGCCUGCGUACUCCAGCAGCCAGAGAGCGGAUUUACAACGUGUCUGUGAAUGGCAGCCCUCUUGCCGAGAGCAAAGAGAUAUUCCUUACUGUGCCAGUGGGAGGCGGAGAGAGCAUGCGGUUAUUGGCCAGUGACUUGCAGAGGAUUGAUAUCGCACAGCUGGAUCCAGAGGCCUUGGGAAGCAUUAAGAAGCUCUCUAGCCGUCUUGCUCAAAUCUGCAGCAGCAUACGGACUCACAAAUGA